AUGGUCGGAGCUCGCCACGACGCCACGGCGGUUGCCGCUCCUGUGCCUGAUGGCCCGUCGUUGGUGGCACCCUCCCACACCCACGGACGCGGCCCCCGCGCUGGCGCCUCGCGCGUGGCGGCUAGCGGCUCCCUGCGACGGCGGCUGGCGACCCCGCGCGGCGUCCUCGGCCCGGCGCUCGAGGCCUCACGCAGCACACACAGGUGGCGACGGUAUCCAUGGCCGAGUUUGGCGCAGGUUGCAGCGGCGUCCGCGUCUUGGCGCUGGAGGCCGGAUCCACGGUGGCGGCGUGGCCUUCGGUCGGAGCAGAGUCGGUCGUGCCGCUUCGACUCGAAGCACAGGCGGUCGCGCCUCUUCGGCUCGAAGCAGAGGCGGCUGCGCCCCUUCGGCCCGGAGCAGAGGCGGCUGCGCCCCUUCGACUCGGAGCAGGCGGCUACGCUCGCUCGGCUCGGACCUGGCAGCCGCGCCCCUCCUACUGGAAACAGCGGCGGCGUUGGUGUCACGCCAUGA